AUGAAUAUGAAGGUAGAAAAAAAACAAAAUAAAUCUUUGAUAAACAAACAAGAUAUAGAAAUUUCAAAUCAAAAGGACUUGAAGCAAAAGUUAAAUAUUAAGAAAAAAAAAAUAAUAAAAGAAAUAAAAAUUUUAGAAAAGAAAAAACCUAUUGAUACAUUUAAUUUAGCUUAUGUUUAUAUAUUAUUAAAAUAUUUCUUUGAUAAUAAUAAUAUCGAUAUUUUAAAUGAGCAUUUUUAUCUUCAAGAUAAUGUUUUAAAUAUAACUGAAGAUUUAAUAGGACAUAUAUUAUGGGUAUUUGAUAAAAAUGAAAAUAAAUUAUAUGGAUCAAGAAUUAUUGAAUUAGAAUCAUAUAAUGGUGCAAAGGAUAAGGCAUCACAUGCAUAUAAUAAUAAAAAAACAAAUAGAAAUUUAUCUAUGUUUGAAAAAGGGGGAAGAAGUUAUGUAUAUAUAUGUUAUGGUAUUCAUAAUUGUUUAAAUAUAGUAACUAAUUUAGAAAAUAUUCCUGAAGCUAUUUUAAUUAGAUCUCUUGAGCCAAUAUAUAAUAUAGAAUAUUUUAUUUCAAAUAAGUUUAAAAAUACUUCUGAAAAUUUAUAUUUUGAAAAUUUCUUUGAAAAUGAUAGAGGAUAUAAGGUGGAAGAUAAAGAAUAUAUGAAAAAAAGAAAAAAUGAUAUUAAAGAUUUAAUUAAUAAAGAAAAUUAUUUAAAGAAAAUUGAUAAAGUAGAUAAUGUUUUAAAAAUGAUAAAUAAAAAAAAAUUAGUAAAAUUAUGCAGUGGUCCUGGUUGUGUAACAAAAUGUCUAAAAGUAACAAGACAAGAUGAUAUGGAAUAUUUUUAUAUUGACUUACUUAAUAAUAAUAUAAAAAAGGAGGAUAAAUUAAAAAAAGAAGUAAAUUAUAAUAAAAAUAUGAUGAUUAGCAUCAACUAUAAUGAUAAUAAUAAAAGUUCAAAGUAUUUUAACAACUCAAAACUUCUAAAUGAUAAAGGAAAAAGUAAAAAAAAAAACAUAGAUGGUAUUAAUGUUUCCAACAAAAAUAACAGUAGUAGUAAUAUCUUAUUACAUGACUCUAGUAAAAAUAUAAAAUCAAAUUAUUACUUUUCAUCUAAUAUAAAUAAUUUAGAAAAAAGUAGGUUUUUUAUAAGUAUUUGCCCAACAGUUAAUGACAUUUUGUAUUUUUAUGAAACAUUAAGAGCUGAUAAAAAUGAAGAAGAAUACAUUAUAAAGAAUAUAUAUGAUGAUAAUAAAAUGUAUUUAUUAGAAUAUUUUGAUUACAUGAAAUGGCAAAAAGAUAAAUUAAUUAUCCAAAAAGAUAAAAGAAUAGGAAUAAAUUAUGCAGAGGAAGCUGCCUUAUAUGAGUAUCGGUUUUUAUUAAAGAAUCAUCCAUCUGUUACUUUUCCUCCUAAAUAA